AUGUCCCUGAUUGUGGGCAGGAAGCUGAUAUGCCGGCACUGCAUAUCAAAAAAGUACGGAGGUCUCAAAACUUCCCAAGUGGCUCCUUCCAAACUCGAAUUUCAUUUUACGUUGACUCACUCUCUUCAAACUUUAAAUCCCAACAAUACCCCUAAAACAUCCAUCAAUACUCUCCAGCCACAAGGACCUUUACGUAACUUUACAUGGCGCCGGCAUCGUAUCUAUUUAGCCGCCGGUAUCAGAGGGAAUGUUAGUUUCUAUUCUUUCUCCUUCUCUCAAACCAUGACGAUCUCCGAUAACCCUCUACUGGAAAAAUCCCGGACAGUGAAAUCUCGAUACCUUUCACCCGUCUCCGCCGCCGAACCACCACAAUCUUUACCGCCGUCUCCGAAUAACAACCACCCUCUCUCUCCCAAUCGCCACCACAGCCAGAAACCAAAAUCAUCUUUAAAAAACAGUACUGGAUUGCUUCGUGGAGUUUGGCCUUCUUCAACUCCUCGCUCAUCAAAAUCCCACAAUGAAAACAUACCCACCACCGCCAACGCCACCACCACUGCCAGUGCCACCAGUACGACGCUGGCUGAUUACCUUGGAGACGAUCGGAAAAAAGAUGGCGUUGGUCCGAAGUUUCUUAAGCAAAGAAGCUGUUCGGAGUUUAGUCGGUUUGAGAACGAUCCGAAGAAACAAAACAACUUGAAGGAGAAUCAUAAGCCCAUUUUCGGAGGUGGGUCGAUGAGAUACACCGGGAAGUUCAGGUUUCCCGGAAGAUCAUCGACUUCUUCUUCACCAACCUCAUCUGAUGACGGAACUAGAGGAAAGCUCACAGGCUCAGUUCUGCAAGAUUGGAACCUGACAAAGGGGAUCACCCUUCACCGAAAAACCGAUGCUGGGAGAAAUUAG